AUGGCCCUGGGGUCCAAGACUCGUUGCCCCGAGGCUUCGUGCAGACGCCAAGCAGGCGGCCUCGGCAUCGACCGCGCCAGCGAGUGUGGCUUAGCCCGUUUUGCGGUUGGCGCGCUCCAGACUGGGCCUCGCUCAAAGGCCGAAGGAAUCGACAGCGGGAAGGCCGGCGGUCGCGACAGCACCCCGGGCGCGGCACCGCGCGGCGUGCGGCGGGAGGUGCUGGAGGCGCAGGGCAGGAUCAGGGCCGACUGGUACGUGCGUCUGGAGGCCACCGGGCGCGCGGGCGGCGCCGGCGCCCCCAGCGAGGCCCCUGGGAACGGCAGGACGACCCUGCGCGGCACCGCGGCGCUGAGCGGCAUGCCGUCUCAGGUGCCGUCCUGCCCCUCGACGGCCAGGACCCUGCCGGGAGGCCCUGGGCCCGCCCUGGGGGGCCCAGGGCCCGGCCUGCCCGGGCCGUCGGCUGGGCCAGCCCUGCCUGGCGCAGGAAUGCCUGGGCCGCCGCUGCCUGGCAUGCCCAUCAUGGGCCCAGGGCCCGCGCCUUCGAAUACAGGCGGCCCCGGCGCGCGCGGGCGCGCCGGGCCGCGCUCGCAGCUGCCCGCCUGGGCGCUGGGGGCGCCGUAG